ACAGAAAUCUGGCAAAAACGUUCCGCCAUUACAACUCGUGUCCGUCGGUGUGCAGUGCUUUUCUAACAUCAUGGCUCGACGAAAAGAAAGUGAUCGAGCUCAGCAAAAUAACGACGACUCGGAUUCUAAUCCGAACGAUGAGUUAGAAGAAGAGCCCGAUUUUGAUGAUCCGGAGGGAUAUGAGGAUGAUAUUUCCGAACAAGAUCUUAUGGGUGACCUCAUCCGACAGCGUCCUAAAGAAACAGACGGAGUAGAAUCAAUCGUCGUUAUUGACGGUGUUCCGCAAGUCGGACCUGAGAGAAUAGAAAAGCUUCAAAACGUCUUAAAAAAACUUUUCCAAAAGUUUGGGAAGAUAACCAAUGAAUAUUAUCCAUUGAAUCCUGAUGGUUCCACUAAGGGCCAUGUUUUCAUAGAGUACUCAAAUGCAAGUGAGGCAUUGGAAGUUCUUAAAGGAACUAAUGGUUACAAGUUCGACAAAAAUCAUACCUUCACAGUGAAUUUACUAACUGACUUUGAGAAAUAUAAUGACAUUCUUGAUAAGUGGGAAAAUCCAGUUCCUCAGCCAUUUAAAGAGCAAGGAUGCCUUCAGUACUACCUUCUUGAUCAGGAUGCUUGUGAUCAAUUCUCAGUUGUGUAUGAGCAAGGAGACAAAGUGGCUGUUUACCUAAACACCCAACCUGAGCCCUCCUUACUAGAAGAAAGACCUAGAUGGACAGAGACAUUGGUACGAUGGUCACCUCUUGGAACAUAUUUAGCCACUUUUCACGCAAAGGGCAUAGCCCUCUGGGGUGGGGAGAAGUUUCAACAAAUUGUUCGGUUUAGCCAUCCUGGAGUGCAGUUCAUAGAUUUUUCACCAUGUGAAAAGUAUUUGGUAUCCUUUAGUCCGCUUGCUGAUUCAAGAGCAACGGACGAACCACAAGCUAUCAUAAUUUGGGACGUGUUGAGCGGACUUAAGCGUCGAGCUUUUAAUGCCGAUAAAUCACAAGCCUUGCCUAUCUUCAAGUGGUCGCAUGAUGACAAGUAUUUCGCUAGAAUGGGAGUUGACAUGCUAUCUGUCUAUGAGACGCCAUCAUUCGGUCUUUUAGACAAAAAAUCGAUCAAAGUUCAAGGAAUUCGUGAUUUUGCCUGGAGCCCAACCGACAACACGAUUGCUUAUUGGGUGGGUGAAGAGAAAGAUACCCCUGCGCGUGUUACUCUUCUGGAGCUGCCAAGUCGCAACGAAGUGCGAGUCAAGAAUCUAUUUAGUGUUGCCGAUUGCAAAAUGUACUGGCAAAAGUCGGGAGACUAUUUAUGCGUUAAGGUUGACCGUUAUGCCAAAUUAAGGAAAGACAAGUCCGACAUCAAAUACAGUGGGAUUUACUACAAUUUGGAGGUUUUUCAUAUGCGAGAAAAGCAAAUUCCGGUCGAUUCCGUAGAGAUCAAGGAAACUAUCCAAGCCUUUGCAUGGGAACCGGUCGGCACAAAGUUUGCCGUCAUACAUGGUGAACCUCCAAGCACUUCUGUCUCUUUUUACGAAGUCAAAACGGGCCAAACGCCUACUAUGGUGAAGAAAUAUGAACGCAAACCAUGCAACCAGUUGUACUGGGCUCCCUCCGGCCAGUUUAUUGUAUUGGCUGGCCUACGUUCAAUGUCUGGCGCAUUGGAAUUCGUUGACACGCAGGACUUUACCGUAAUGAAUACGGGCGAACACUUCAUGGCUACUGAUGUUGAAUGGGAUCCAACUGGUCGGUAUGUCUCAACCGCUGUAUCGUGGUGGGGUCAUAAGGUCGACAAUGCUUAUUGGUUGUGGUCUUUCCAAGGGCGCAUUCUUAAACGCGUAGCCCUAGAUAAAUUUUGUCAGUUGCAAUGGAGGCCUCGACCGCCUUCGUUGCUUUCAGCCCAACAGAUAAAGGACAUCAAAAAAUCCUUGAAGAAAUACAGUGCUCAAUUUGAAGUCAAAGAUCGGCUGAAAAUGACUAAAGCUUCUAAAGAAUUGGUAGAAAAGAGGCGCAAAUUGAUGCAGGAAUACGAAGACUUGCGCAAGCAAAAGCAAGAAGAGUAUGCGGAACAACGUCGCCGACGCAUCGAGUUGCGCAACAACGUGGAUACGGAUGAAACUGAAGGACGUGGAGGAGAAUUGGAAGAGGAGACAGUCGAGUUUUUCAUUAAAGAGGAGACGACAUUCAUUGACGAGUAGUUGUCUUGGGUACAAACGUAUACUAAAAUACCUCAAGAACUGCUACCCCGUCAGUGGAAGGCAGCAUAUCGUGGGGUAUCGUCGGAUACCAUUAUCCGACACAUCCAAGAAAAAAAUGAAGACGACUAUCAUUUUGAGUGUCACCGAUUGGUUAUGGCUAUUUGCGUCUCUCUUUGGUUUCAACUAUCAUGUACCCUUUAGAUUAUCAAAAAUACAUUUUGAUUACCUCGUCGCGAGUAAAGUUGGACGAGAAGUAAUA